AGUUAAAGUCCACCGGCACCGCUCACCACUUUUCCUUCCUGCUCAAUUCAACCGACUACCGGAUCCUCCGCAUGGACGAGGACCACGACCGCAUGUAUGUGGGGAGCAAAGAUUACAUUCUCUCUCUGGAUCUGCACGACAUCAACAAGGAGCCGCUCAUUAUCCACUGGCCUGUUGCAGCUCAAAGGAAGACUGAAUGUAUUCUGUCAGGGAAAGAUACAAAUGGGGAAUGUGGAAACUUCAUCCGCCUGAUUGAGCCGUGGAACCGGACCCACCUGUAUGUUUGUGGAACAGGAGCGUACAAUCCCAUCUGCACAUAUGUGGACAGAGGACGCAGGUCGCAGGGUUUCCAAAACCUACAGGCAGCUCAGUCAGGAGGGAGAACAAGUCGAGCAGCAGACUACAGCACUACAUCAGAGCCUAUGAACACAAAGGAAUAUAUUUUUCGUCUUGAACCUGGCAAAGUGGAUUCUGGGAAAGGAAAAUGUCCUUAUGAUCCUAAACUCAACAGUGUCUCUGCUUUGAUUAAUGGAGAGCUGUAUGCAGGAGUCUACGUCGAUUUCAUGGGAACAGACUCUGCUAUCUUCCGUACUCUGGGGAAGCAGACAGCCAUGAGGACUGAUCAGUACAACUCCAGAUGGUUAAAUGAUCCCACUUUUGUCCAUGCACACCUCAUCCCAGACAGUGCUGAGAAAAAUGAUGACAAGCUCUACUUCUUCUUCCGMGAGAAGGCCUCUGAGGUGGGCCAGAGUCCCAUGACGCAGUCCAGGAUAGGGCGGAUCUGCCUGAAUGAUGACGGUGGACACUGCUGCCUGGUCAACAAGUGGAGUACGUUUCUGAAGGCUCGCCUCAUCUGCUCUGUUCCUGGAGUUGACGGCAUUGAGACUCAUUUUGACGAGCUGAGAGAUGUUUAUAUCCAGCCAACUCAAGACACCAAGAAUCCUGUCAUCUAUGGAGUCUUCUCAGUUUCAGGGUCUGUAUUCAAAGGUUCAGCGGUUUGCGUCUACUCCAUGGCUGACAUCCGGAUGGUCUUCAAUGGGCCGUUUGCCCACAAAGAAGGGCCCAACUAUCAGUGGGUGGCAUACACCGGGAAAAUCCCCUACCCCCGACCUGGCACAUGUCCUGGAGGCACUUUCACUCCCAACAUGAAAUCCACAAAGGAUUACCCAGAUGAGGUUAUCAACUUCAUGAGAAACCACCCAACCAUGCACAAUACUAUAUACCCAGUGCACAAGCGCCCCCUGGUGGUCAGAACCAACGUGGAUUAUGAGUUCACCACAAUUGCUGUGGACCAAGUGAGAGCUGCUGACGGCAACUAUGAGGUGCUCUUCCUGGGCACAGACCGCGGGACCGUUCAGAAAGUGAUUGUCCUGCCAAGGGACGACCUGCAGACAGAGGAGCUGGUGUUGGAGGAGGUGGAGGUGUUCAAGGUUCCCACCCCAAUCACCACCAUGAAGAUUUCAUCCAAACGGCAACAACUGUAUGUGGGAUCAGUCUUGGGCGUGACCCACCUGGCUCUCCACCGCUGUGAUGUGUAUGGGGAGGCCUGCGCUGACUGCUGCCUGGCCCGGGACCCGUACUGCGCCUGGGAUGGCAAAUCCUGCUCUAGAUACUCUGCCUCCCAGAAAAGACGGAGCCGCCGACAGGAUGUAAAGUAUGGAAACCCAAUUCGCCAGUGCCGAGGUUAUAACUCCAACAACAACAAGAACACUCUGGAGACAGUUCAGUAUGGGGUAGAGGGCAGCACCACAUUCCUGGAGUGUCAGGCUCGAUCUCCUCACGUCUCUCUGAAGUGGCACCUCGUGAAGGAAAACAGCGACAGGAAGAAAGAGAUUCGCUCAGAGGGUCGCAUCCUGAAAACAGAUCAAGGCCUCCUGAUUCGCUCUCUGCAGUCCUCCGACAGCGGGAUCUACCAGUGCACGUCCACAGAGAAGAACUUCAAGCACACGCUGGUGAAACUGCAGCUCGUGGUCCUCUCCAGCCGCACCGUGAACAGCGUGCUGGUGGAGACGGGCGGGCCGGCCCUCCCGCCGCUUCAGGCCAGCGCCUGGACGCCGAGCGCGGGCCAGUACAAAGACCUGCUCACCAUCCUGAGCCAGCCGGAGAUGGGGCUGAUCAACCAGUACUGCAAGGACUACUGGCAGCACGGGGACGGAAACCUCGGGGACGGCAAGGCCAAGAGYAUAAAGGAACUGAAAGAGCAGAAGAAACCUCGCAACCGCCGGCAUCACGACGAUCAGACAGAUUCAGCCGAGACAUGAAGAGCCUAAACAUACCUGUUGUGUAUUCAAACACCUGCCCUUGUCUACCUUUUCUUUUAUGUCCUCACAGCCUCCCAGACACUACAACCCGCCAGUUAGAGGGAUGACAGACUCUGCGACAGAAAGCGGUCAAUCGUUUCUACAAAACUGUUGGAGAAAAAUAAAUAUUUAUUGUAGGUUGUAAAAAAUAGUUCUUUGUACCUAUAUAGAAAACAUGUUUUGUUUUGUUUUUGUGAAUAGAUCCAACCUGUGCAGAUAUUGUUAUUAUAUUAGUGUUCUUGUUUAUCACACUGUGUCAUCAUGUUGAGAAUAUCUUUGUGUUUUUCAAACAGCAACAAUUGCCCAGGACUUUGAGGGUACGCACAUAUGGACAAGGACCGAAAAACUUAAUUGUUUGAGGUGACCAUGUUGGAUCUAUUGACUGCUGGCAGUAUUCAGUAUCUAAGGUCAAAGCUGAGCCAGGAAGUCCUUUGAUCGCUCAGACUUCCCCUAAUGUCUUCAACAGAAUAAGCUACUAUAAAGUAGACCUUUAUUUCAGCAGAAAAGUGGCAAAAAAAAAGGCAUUUCACUUAACGUGAGGACGGUGGAAAUGCCCACAGACUGCAACUGUGACAAGAUGUCACAAACACAAUAAAGUGUGAAUUCAAAUACUUUUCUUCCUCUCCAGACUGGUCUCAAGUGAGGGUCUUGACUCGCUCAUAUUCUUCCACAAUAAGUUGCUGCCAAGAGUUUGUUUCGUUUCUGUGUGAAUAUCACAUCUCAAUGUUGUGUUCUUAACAUAUGUGUGAUAAGCUGUUGUUUGAAAUGGGGAGGUUCCUUUUUAAAGGCACGAAUCUAAAAACAACAUAACAUUGCCUUCUCUUCUCUUACUAUGGAGAUUUUAUAUUCCAGCAGGCAGCUAAAAUGUGAGUUUGUGACAGCUUGUGGUUAAAAAAAGAUAUAAGACAAAGCACCUUCUGUUGCCAAAUUGGUCAAAUUUUAAAAGAAAUCUUACAGUACAUCUUGUAUCUAGACACAUUGAACAGUAUAUUCAUAUAAGGGUAAGUUUUUUGUUGAUUUAUUUUUUUGCAUUCCUCCCAUUUUAAUGUAAAUACUGGUGAAAAUUCUAAAUAUCGGUCUACACACGUGUGCAGAUUUAUAGUGCUAGGGAUUUGAUUAUUAUGAUUGGUGCUGUACUUUCUGUAUAAUCUGGUAAAAACACAUUUUUUGUGCUGGUACAGAGCCAUUCUUGUGCUUUAUUAUCAAUGCCACAAACUGUAGAACUGAGCAACUUUGACACAAUAAAAAAAAGAAAACAUCCCAGCUUCAACCACUAACAAGAUAAUCCCCACCUUACCUGAAGAGAACCCUAAACCCACAACCUUCAGGCGGUGGGUUUUCAUCGUGCACGGCAUGUACAGUGUAUGUUUGUAGUAUUUGUUUAAAAAUGCGACGUUGCUGUGGGUGUCAGUGAAUGUCUGUUUUCUUGUGAGAGUACAGAUCCAUUUUUUAACUACAGGAAAUGCUGAAAGUUUAGAAAGAUUGUGAUUUUUAUCUUUUUUUGCUCUCUCGGUCUUGGAGGGUGAAAAGAAAAAAAACUGCAUAUAUUUAAACGUGCAUCUGUUUUCUCUGUUUGACAGCUCAUUGAGGUAAUGUACAUUAUGCACAKUUGGUGUUAAUGUAAUGACUUGUAAAAAAAAACUACUCUUUUCUUCCUCAUCAAUGUUGCUAACUAAUAAAUUAAAGCUCUAUAUUUUAUAAUAAAA